AAAAAAAGUUCCUUCCCCCGCUUCUUCCUUUCGCCUCCUCAUAUUUUUCUUCCUCGGGGAUCAAUUCUAUCUAUUUUUUGGCGGUGUCCCGAAAACGUGUGUGUGAGUGCUGUUUAUGUCGUGUGCGUCGGGGACAGUGUCAUUAAUUAGUGGGCCAUCGAGGAAGUAAUUAACUGGAAUGGCAAUGACGAGGAUUGCCGGAGGAGGAAGAAGUGCGUUGUGUGCGAGUCCCACAGCAUGUGCUCGCAAGGCGUCGUUCUAUGUCUGGUUUCUAGGAGCCAGGGAAAGUCCAGGCGUCCGAGGCAGUGGCGUCGUGGCGCCGGCACUGGUGGCCCUACUGGCCCAAGAGCGGGACCUGGAGCCGCUCAAGGUGACACUCCAGGUGUCGGACAAGGGCCUCAAGAUGAUCCAAGUGGCGCCUCGUCGAGUCGGGGCGUCCAGUGCGGAGACCAUCAAACACUUUGUGCCGCGACACGCCGUCACGUAUGUGGCCCAACAAGUGGCGCCGGACGACGAUGUGGUUGCGUGUGUGCUGCUUGUGCAUAGUGCAGGAGGAGGAGGAGGAGGCGGCGGUACUGGGAGCGGCAGUGCUGCUGGUGGUAAUGGAAGCAGUGGCGGAGGCGGAAGUGGUGGUGGUGGUGGAAAUGGAGGAGUGGCGUCCCGAGCUGGCGGCGUUUUGUACGUGCACGCGUUUAGAUGCGAUUGUGCCGACACUGCUGCGUAUCUCGCUGAACAGCUGCAGAAAGGAGAAGAAGAAAAUAAGGCAUUGGAAUCGGCGAAUUUCCCUCCGAAAGCGUUGGUGGAUUUGCCGGAAACGCACGCCCGUAUCCUGGAGCUGGAGUCGCAGUUUUGCGACGACCCGGGGUCGUACUCGUCGGCGACCCCGUCCCCGCAGUACCUGUGGUCUGAUGGCGGCGGCGCCGCUGGAGAAAACGGGCCUCACCGGCGCAGCGGCGGCGGCGGCGGCGGUGGAAAGGUCACGCGGCCAUCGGGGUCGUCGGACCAAAGCAGCGACGGGUCAUCUGCACAGCGGGACCAGAUCUCCAGUCUCUACGACAGCCUGGCCGCUGAACUCAGGGAGAAGCUUGGAGCCGGGCGACGAGGACGAUGGAAACGUGAUCGAGACCACGACGGCGGCGGUGGUGGUGGUGGUAGUAAUGGCGGAGUUGGGGGCGGCGGCGGCGGCGGAGGUGGAGUGGGUGGAGUGCCGGCGCCGCUUUUGUUCCCUCCCAGGGAUUACAACACCGUUUUGCGGAGCUGUGGGAAACUGGACGGAAUCGAAGAACGUGCCUCGCGCAACUUGCAGGACCUGAUGCUGUCCCGAACCCACUCGUCGGCCCUGGAGCAGGACUCUUCAGGGAUCGGAUCCGACGACGCGGCCGACUCUUCUCCGCUGGCGACGCCGGAAAGACCGUCGCCGACUUCGCACGGCGGCGGCGGCGGCGGAAAUGGCAAUAGCGGCCAACUGUCCAUCGCGCCGGCGGAUAUUGGAGGUCAUCAUACUACUAACAAGACGAGCCACGGCGGACAUCCGCAUAGUCAUCAGCAGCAGCAGCAGCAUGUGGCGGCGGUGACGACGACGACGGCGGCGGCGACGGCGAUGCCGACUAAUAAUAGGACCACCGACGUGCGACGGAACAAGUCUCUCUUGCGACUUCGUGACUUUGGCCAGCGGGACGAGGAGGAAGAGUCCCUGGGAGCAAAGCACGGGCACUACGGGUACGUGUUGGUUAACGUCGUGGUGGUGGACCAGUCCUCGGACAACUUGAUGAUGAGCAGCAAACACAAAGUCAACAACAACAAGAUCCCUGCCAACAAACUCCUCGCACCCGACUCGCCAUCCACCACAGCCACGUCAUCCCACAGCACCAGCUCCAACAACAACAACAACAAUGACAUCAUGAUCAACAACAAGCAGUCCCCGAUCUAG